CAGAUGAGCGAUGUGUCAAUAAUCCGGUUUGCGGUUUGAGCAUGUUUUGGUUUAGUUGCGUGAAAUUACACCGGUGCUAGAAAUUAAUUAGAAAACGUUGGAAAUGUCUGGGUUUGUGAAACGUAAACGCGCUUUAAAUAUUAAUGGAACACGGCUUUCAGUGCAUACGGGACAGUCUAUAAUUUCUUUGGGAAACCCUUCAUUAGAUCAUGUUUUCGGUGGCGGAUUUCCCAUUGGUUCCAUCAUUGGAAUAGGUGAAGAUAAGCAUGGAAAUUAUGCUAGAGUGUUGUCUAAAUAUUUUCUCGCCGAAGGAAUUGUAAACAAACACCCACUUGUGGUGGCCACUAUGGAUGAAGAUGCUACCCAAUUGAUAAACAAAUUACCAACACCGCUUGAGGAAAGCAAAACAGCUGAUAACAACUCCACCAUGCCAGAGCCGGAAACUAUGCGGAUUGCCUUUCGGUACAAUCAGCUAACUCCUGUAGAUUCCGAACAGAAACCUGCAACUUCGCUUGGACACUACUUCGACCUUACCAAAACGAUGAGUGCUGAUAUGUUAUCAGCCCACGAUGUAACCUGCUGGAACGGAGGAGAACUAGAAACAAAUGUGCCAGAAUUUGGUUCGUUCAACAACCCACAUUACGCUUCCCUUUUAUCCUGCAUCCGUAGUAAAGCCGGCGAACAACAGUUUAAUGCUGCUUCGGACGAAAGUUCCAAAAACGUGCUACGAAUUUGUUUAAAUUCUAUGGGCUCACCAUUGUGGUAUGGCAAGCAGUUCUCGGAAGAUUUUCUGCGGUUCAUGGUGUUGUUAAAAGCUAUCGUGCGCAACACGCUUUCAGUUUGCCUUAUUACCGUACCACUACACCUAUUCAACCAUCUCGAUGAUGUAUACCUAUCCAAAAAGGUGAGAAAUAUGUUCGAUUUUUCGUUUGACUUGGAAGCAUUUGCUGCUCAAAUGGAAGAGCAGGCAAAUCCCGCUUUCAAAGAGUACCAUGGCUUGUUGAAUAUUACCAAAAUUACACCGUUUAAUAGUUUGGCAUCCUAUCACCCGAAGACGCGUGAUUUAGCGUUUAAGCUGAAACGCAGCAAAUUCGUUAUCGAAAAGUUACAUCUUCCACCGGACAUAGCGGAUGAGGACGGUGCAAGCAAAAGCCAAGUGCCUACAAUGAGUUGUGCUAGCGUAGGAGGAAAAAGCAAGCUGGAUUUUUAGCCGCACGUCCUAAGCGAUUGGGCAGAGCGACACCGUGCACAAAUACAGUACACGUUUAUCAACUGGGACAA